AUGCAUCCUGGUGCCGUGUGUUCCUCAGAAUUUCGGUCCCUCCUGCAGAAUCCUGGAUCCUCGUGUGGAUUAAAGCAGGACGCUUGUGUGCAGCUCUCAAAUUUCACUCUUCACCAGGAACCAAGGGAUCCGGGGGGGAUUGUCUUUGUGCAGCAGUCCAGCCUGUGUGCUGAGGCUCAGUCCUUCAGGAGGAAUGUGAACUUGUGGAAGCUGGAAAGGAAUGAGGAUGAUGAUGUGGCGAAGAGGGAAUAUGCGCGGUGCAUGAAGGAAUGCGUGCACAUGAGAAACCAGUGCAAACACCAGACCAGCCGCAGCACCAUCAUGGCUCUAAAAGCAGGGCUGAAGCUAAAAGUGAAGCGGUGCUACAUCCUGGCACUUCUGUCUCUCCUCACCUUCUCGGCGGUGAUGAUAAACACAUAUUCACCCUUCCCCUCUGAACAGACAGGAUUGCCCUCUCACGGGCCUCAACAAAAGCGACCCACUGAGCUUCUCCGUCGGCUUCCUUUAAAUGUUCACAGUGGAGACCGGAAGCUUUCCAGAGUUAAAGAUUCAACCAAGCACACACCGGUGGGUCACGGCUACCAAAACCGAGGCAUAAAAAUACAGAAAAGAGUUCAUAAACCAACUAAAGGCAACGCAAAGGGGGCGAAAGGGGGAAAAAAGAAACACUCCCUCCAAACAUUUGUAGUCAAUAUGAAGGAAAUGCUGGCCAACCAACCAGGCAAUGGGAACGAAUCGAAAUCUAAGCACGCUAUCCAGCUUCUGCCCAGGCAUGACCAAAUUAUGACUCAGUCCGCCAGCACGGGUUCCUUCCAGCCCAGAAUUAAGCCAUGCAGACACAAAUGUUCUCCAGAUGCGCCCAAGCCAGAGCGGUUUAUGGGGAGUACUGGUUCACUGCGAGUGAAUCUUAAAAAUACCUCAGGAACCAAAACACAUGAAAGACGAUCAGCGUCCUCGCCGAAGAAAAAGCCCCAAUCUGUGCUGGAAAACAACGUCGUCUCUGGGGAAGGGGCUGAUUUGCCGGACUUUAUGACUCGCUGGUGUCAAAUUUCACAUGAUGACAUUUUCAGCGAGAACUGGAACCAAACCCAAGCUGAUUCCCUGCCCUGGUUUAGUAGGGAUGAUGUGGAGAAGAUCGAUUUGCUGGCCAGGGGCACCGUGCUGACUAAAGCCAGACUCUCAGGUCACGGCCAAGUGCUUCAGGUGGGACUCGGCGAGGAUAGUGAACGCAACCACACCAGACUCUGCCAGGAAGGAAACUGUGCCCUGAUCAAGCGUCCCGGUGACUGGAUCGAGGUGCUUGCGUUUCACCUGGACAGGAUUCUGGGUCUGAACCGCAGUCUUCCAGCAGUGAUGAGAAUGUUUAACAGUAGUCUUCUACCAUAUAAGUACACCAGCGGUUCUGGGAGGCCUGUGGUGUGGUGGGAUCCUGAUAUUCAGCAUUUAGCUGAUGAUGAUAAUGACCAGAAUUCUUUUCUGCUCACUUGGACCCAGUAUCAGACUCUUCUAAAAGCCAGAUGUGGGAUUCAGGUACCUCUAGAUUCAACGAUGUGUGUAGGCGUGCACCAUUCGGAGUGGGGGCGACUGGCGUUGUUCGACUUCCUGCUGCAGGUGAAUGACAGACUGGACCGAUACUGUUGUGGAUUCCAGCCCGACCCCACUGAAAUGUGUGUGGAGAACCUGCUCAAUGUCAAAUGUGCAAACUCCAAAGAUUUAAUGCUGGUGCAUAUUCUGGUUCGGAGGACUGAUCCCUCCAGACUGGUUUUUAUUGAUAAUGCGGGCAGGCCUCGUCAACCACAUCACAAUCUCAACUUCAGGCUGACGGAAAGCAUCGAUGAGUUUCCAGAGAGGGCAGUGUCAGUGCUGCGGUCAGGCUGUCUGGAGCGCCUGCUCCUGCGCUCGCUGUCUGUGGAUAAAGAACUGUGGAGGAGUCGAGGAGGAGCCGCCGGCCUCAGAGGAACCGUCCACACCAUACAGCACCGAGCCCAGAUUCUGCUGCAGCGCAUCCAGGACAAGAGACUGAACCAUGAUCUGUGA